AUGGCCAAGAUGUCACUGCACUCUACGUCUCUCCAUCACCUACUGCUCAAGUACGCGCUAGUGACGGCGCUGAUGGCUGUUGUAGUGAAAAUGAUAACGGCUGUUCAUGACCUUACGCUUAUCGACGUGCCCCCCUUCUCUCUUGACACGCAUCCCUUUGUUCCUCCCAAAACGUCCGAUAGUCGCUCGCCGUGCCCGGCACUUAAUACUCUAGCGAAUCAUGGCAUGCUACGGCACGACGGGCGUGAGAUCACACGCACAGACUACAUUCGCGCUCUCCGCCAAGGAUACAAUCUUUCGCUUCCGCUGGCCACGUUCCUGACCAUCAGUGGACACGUAUUACUCUCGCAAUACUCCACGUUGUCGUUAUCGGACCUGGGACGUCACAACUUCAUCGAGCACAACGCGUCGCUUGGCCACUGGGAUGCCGUAGGCGAUGAAGAGUACGCUCCCGACAAAACAAGUUCUUCGCUCAUCUCCCAACUCGUGAACCAGUCGACGGACGGACGGACGAUGUCGAUGCGCGACUUGUCCGCGGCACGCAUACUCCGCGAGAAGGCCUAUUCUCGUCCACUAGACUCCUUGCACGAGGAGAUCGCGCGCGGGGAGAUGUCCAUGGUGCUCGGCAUCUUUGGCCGCGGUAACGAGUCCGUACCGAUCUCAUGGAUCGAGGAGUGGUGGAAGAACGAGACAUUCCCGCGCGACUUCGUUCCCGAGCAUGAGCAGACGCUGUGGAAGACCGUGCGUGGGUCCUGGAAGAUCAACAUGCUAAUGCGCACGAUGAGGGCUGAGGCUGGGAUCUCAACCUGGCUAUUGCGCCAUCUAGUCUGGUGA